AUGGAACCUGAGAACGCUGACUCUGCAGACAAAGAGCUAAGCUGGGAUAUUAAUGAUAUGAAACUGCCGCAGAACGUGAAAAAGACAGACUGGUUCCAGGAGUGGCCCGAUGCCUACGAGAAGCACAUCUACAGCUCCGACGACAGGAACGCGCAGCGCCACCUGAGCAGCUGGGCCAUGCGCAACACCAACAACCACAACUCCCGCAUCCUCAAGAAGUCCUGCCUGGGCGUGGUGGUGUGCGGCCGCGACUGCUCGGUCGCCGAGGGCCGCAAGGUCUACCUGAGGCCAGCCAUCUGCGACAAGGCCCGGCAGAAGCAGCAGAGGAAACGCUGCCCCAACUGCGAUGGGCCCCUGAAGCUCAUUCCCUGCCGGGGCCACGGGGGCUUUCCCGUCACCAACUUCUGGAGGCACGACGGACGCUUCAUAUUUUUCCAGUCAAAGGGAGAGCAUGACCAUCCAAAGCCAGAAACCAAAUUGGAAGCUGAGGCCAGAAGAGCAGUGAAGAAAACGCACUCGGCAUCUUCCUCAGUCUCCUCAAAGCUGAAACAGAGCCCAGACAUAAAGCCUCUUCCAGGUGAAACGCAAAGUUGGGAAAGUUUAACUUGGUCUUUCCAGGAAGCUGUCCAGUUGCCUCCUAGUUACAGCGGACACGUGAUAGGUUACACUCCCCAGCAGAAGGCAUGGAAUGAUGGCUCGUCCUUCCCCGAGAGCUACGGUUUGGGGGGUACCUCUGAGCUGGCAAACCUCACUCCCACCCUGGGCCCCCCUCAGCUCUAUGACAAAUGGGACUUGUCCCACAGUCGGGUCUCCAGCAGCGGAGACCUGCUCCAGCCCUCCAUCUCUGGAGUCUUCUCUGAUUACAGUGAUCUGCAGACAUGGAAUAAGAAUGUGGCUUUGGGACGAAGUCCUCUGAAUGACAACAGUUGUCCCAGUUACCCUUUUCCUCUGGCCAGCUGGCCCUACGACUUCUCCUCUUCCCAGAGCUCUUCAGAACCCUUCCACCAGCCGGUUCCAGUGGAACCACCAGCAGCCAAAUCCAGCUAUCCACCCAUAUGGCCAAAUCAAGGGGGUGAACUUUAUGAAGAGAAGGUGCCUGUGGAUUUUAACAGCUACCACCCUCCCACCACAUGCCAUUCACCCCAGGAAGACCCCGUUCUCCUCACCCACACCUCUCAGCCUUAUCAUCAAUAUGCCCUGCCUGGCAAGAGCAACAAAUGGGAUUUUGAUGAAGAAAUGGGGUGCCUGGGUUUGGAUCACUGCAACAAUGAGAUGCUUCUAAACCUCUGUCCUUUAAGAUGA